CAUCAACCGAAGGGAGCAAGGGCCCCCACCGCCAGUUCGAUCGCCCUUUCGUUCCAACGGCCAUCGUUCCUUUUUGUUACAACAUCCAAACCUUGACUCCGAAACUCAACCUGUACACACAAACCUGAACGCUCUUUACAACCUGUUGCCAACCUACCUACCUGCUAGAAGACCACCACAUCUAUACCCUCGAAAUCGCAGUUACUCCCGUCUACCGGGAACAACACUUUCACCACAACCUACACUAGCACAAAAUGGCAACCGUCGUCAAGAAGCCGCCAGCGUCAUCAGGCCGGGAAACACCAACGGGAUCCACGCGCCCGGCCGCCAGAGCCUCUACGCCCUCGUCUGCUCCCACUGCCUCCAGCGCCGCGCGCACACGCUCCAUACGAUCAGGAACCCUAGUCUCAGCCCGCGCUGCCGUCUCGUCAAGACGCGAGUCCCUUCUCGGCAAUGGCACCAACAAUAUCGCCAAGGAGCCGUCAUCGGCCGACCUCGAGCGCGAGGAGGCUGCCCGCGCCGAAACCCUGGCCAUCAUAGAAGAUCUCAAGGAGAGGCUAUCCAAGGCCGAGGCCUCGUCAGAAUCCCACAAGCGCCAGAUGGACAUCCUGCAGAGCAGGCUAGACGACGCGACCAGGGAACAGGCCAAGCUGGAGGAGAAGGUGCACGAAAACGAGGAGCAGAUCGAGGCACUCAAGAACGAGAAGCGCGAGAUCUCCCGUCAGAUGCGCGAGAUGGAGAGCAUCUACGAGGCUGAGCGUAGCGCCAUGAUGAAGGAGAAGGACGAGAUGGCCAACCGCGAGGAGGAGAUGCAGACUGUUAUCCAGAGACUCAAAGACAGUCUGGCGCAGAGGGAUGAAGAGGGCGUGAGGCACGCGAGGCGACCUUCAAUCGCUACGACAAGUAGUUCGCAGAACCUCGACAACGGAAGCUUUGCGCCGCCUUCCUCGAUCCACCGCAGCAAUUCACAAAACAACUCGAAGCUGUUGCUCCAGAAAGAUAAGCUGAUUGAAUCGCUCAGGCUCGAGUUGGCCGAGGCACAGAUCAAGCUGGUCGAGUCCGAAAACCAAGGGGGAGGGCGUCUGCGCGAGGUCGAAAGGCAACUGAUGGAGGCACGCAUGGCCAACGCUCGGUUGAUGGAAGACAACGAAAGUUACCAGCUCCUCCUCCAGGAGAGGACACUGAAGGGCGACUUCGGCACCAGCGACUUCAGCUACAUGGGCAGCACCGCGAACCAGGACGCCCUUGCCGCUCUCGAGGGCAGGUCAACAACCACCGGCCCCACCAGCCUGGCCGAUGAGCUCUCGGAUGCCGUCGAUCACGAGCCCAUCCAAGAAGUCGACAACGAAGCCCAGAAGCGUCUCGAAGGCGAGCUCAAGACCGUCAAGGACCAGAAUAAGGCUCUAACCUUGUACAUCAACAAGAUCAUCGAGCGUCUCCUGUCGCACCAGGAAUUCGAGCACAUCCUCGACCAGUCCAACGACUUCAAGUCGCCAUCUUCGGCGGCGAAGCCCAACACCAACAAGGAGCUGCCGCCUGCCCCCGCCGGUGGCGCCAGCGGCAACCUCAUCCAACGCCCCAAGUCCACCGCCACAGGCGGCGGUCCCAUCGGCUCUACCGUCGCCGCGCGCGUCCGCCCUCGCCCCAUGUCCUUCAUGCCCCAAGGCGGCGGAGGGUUCGGCGCCCCCAGCCCCAUCACCACGAACCCGGACACGGCGCCCUCUAUCCCUAUUGGUCUCGGCCGCUCCGUCAGCGGAGCCGGUUCUCGUCGCGGCCGUCCGCUAAGCGAGCAAUUCGGCCCCGGUGCCAGCGUCGCCAGCGCCAUGUACAACAAGAACACCGGUGUCGCCCCUUCCUCUGCCAGUCAAUACUCGCGAGACGAAGCCGCUUCUCCGCUGUCCCCCACCAUGCGCACCUCGGGCGGCUCCUUCUUCAACUCUAACCCCAAUCGCUCUUCGACGUCAACCUUCCCGGGAACCGUCCGCAACAGCGAAACGUCUUCCGAUACGCAGUCCAUCCGGUCUUCGAUCACGGGGUACGGGAGAGAGGACAUGUCGACGCCCAGCCACAGCCCGCCGAGGAGUCACCAUGAGAAACCCGCGACGACGUUUGCGGGGAAUAAGCCGCGCCCGCUCAGGCUGGUGCAGGAGAACGCGGCGGCGGAGGAGGCGGCGAGACAGCAGCAGGCGCAGCAGAAUAAGAGGACGAGCUGGAUUGGAUGGGCGUUUGGCGGUGGUGGAGGUGCGGGUGGAAGGAAGGAUAGUGUGGCGGUAGAGGGGGCCAUGGGCGGGGAGGUUAUUAGGGAGUAGACGACCCGAUUUUGACUUCUUUUUUGAAUCUAUCUGGCUUGUGAUUUAUGCGAGUUGGAUUAGAUAUCUAUGAUUUGAGCUUUUUUUUUUUCUUUUCUCCUCCCCAAGCGUCAGUCAGGUGAGAGCUUGGUGUUCGUGUUGAAGGUGUUGGAGAUGAGACGAGACGAGACGGGACGGGACGGGGAAUGCCUUUCUAUCUUAACUAUAUCUACAACCUUAUAUCAUUACUGGGACUUGGGGAGUUAGUUACUGGUCUAAGUAGGGUUCCAGGAUAGUAGAAAGGAGAUGGGAUGGGAUGCACGAGAAGAAGGAAUGAACGAGAGAGAGGGAGAAAAGAGAAAGAGAAAGAUAUCAAAAGAAUUUCAAGACAACCGGGAAAGAUUAAUGACGUUAGUUAUAACUAUUCUAACCUUUAUACAGGAACGAUUCAUACAAGCCUUACUUAUCCUACUGAGAUGGAGAACUUUGUGUGUAUUUCUAGGCUUUACUGUUGCUACUACUAUAUUGAACAGAUGGAUGGAUAGAUAGAUAGAUAGAUAUUUAGUGAGAUAGAUGACAAACUACCAACGUGUGUGUACGAGGGG